CAGAAAAAAAACUACGAAACCGAGUGUCAAACAGUGUAUAUAAAUAACUUUGAAUUAAUUAAUAGAUUUAUUUUUGUACUUACUUUAUUGUUAGUAUAAAUAAGUAACAUCUAUAUUGUUUAUAGUGUAACUUUUUAUUCACUGUGAUCAACGUCAUGUCUUUUUCAUUUGGUUCCAAUACUACUACACAAAGUACUGCAUUUGGUUCAGCCGCUAAACCCUCCUUCUCAUUUGGGGGUACCAAUACAGCAACCACAAGUACAGCUGGAUUUGGUGGAUUUGGAACCUCUACAACAUCUUCUGGAUUUGGAACAUUUGGGGCACCAACUAGUACAGCUACACCUUUUGGUGGGCUAGGAGCAACUCCAGCUUCAACAGCACCUAGUUUGUUUGGGGGUGCUGGAUUUGGAACUACUGCUGCUAAGCCAGGUUUUGGUACCAGUACUUUUGGUACAAAUACAUUUGGUACUGGUUCGACUUUUGGUACUGGUACAUCUACAUUUGGUAGUGCUGCUCCAAGUUUUGGUACCAAUACUCUUGGUUCCAAUACAUUUGGUGGGUCAACUUUUGGUACUGGAUCUACAUUUGGGUCAACAUUUGGUGCCAAACCGGCGACAACUGGAUUUAGUGGUUUUGGAACUGGUCUUGGAGCUAGCACAGCAUUUGGACAACAACAGCAACAAUUACAACAGCAGCAACAGGGCCCGACGACUGCACAUGAAGCCUUAGUGGCUGCUGUCUUUAACUGCUCCGUGUUUGGUGAUGAGAGAGAUCAGGUGCUUGCUAAGUGGAAUUUACUCCAAGCUCAAUGGGGGACUGGUCAAGCUUAUUACAGUCGAAAUGCAUCCGCAUUAGAGUUGAAUGAGCAAAAUCCAUUAUGCCGUUUCAAAGCAGUUGGCUACUCUAGACUUGGUGGACGAGAGGACAAGGAUGGCCAUGUAGCGAUGUUGUUUAAUAAACCUGAACAGGAUAUUAAAAAUAAUCAACAAGCAUUAACAAAUUCCCUGUCAAAUUUAUUGGGAAAUAAACCAAAUUUGGUUGUUAAUAUUGAUGCUGUAAAGGCUGUCUCAGAAUCAAAAACUCAGGUGGUGGUAUACGUAGUGGAUAAGAACGCGAGCGGGUGCCGUGUGGGUGCGUCGGAGCUGGGCGCGUUUCUGGGAGCGGGCGCGGCGCGGGCGGCUCUCACGGGCGCCGGGUGCUCCGCCAUCGCGCCCGCCACUACUCCCUCUCCCGCCGUGCGAGCACAAUACCUGCAGGCGCCACCGCCAGGUAUGGAUAUGCGGUUAUGGAAGCAGGCACAAGCGGACAAUCCUGAUCCUGAAAAUUAUAUCCCUGUUCCGAUAGUCGGGUUUUCAGAGAUUAAGUUUCGUGCACGCUGCCAGUCAGAAGAAGCGAAGCUCCAGGCUAGCUGGCUGCGUCGCACCGCCGAUACGCUCGCAGAACUACGCACACGUCGUGCGGCUUCCGGAGCUCGUCUUGCGCACAUGACUGCUCGUUUGCACGCUCUGCGUCACACGCUACUUCAGGUGAUCUCGCGACAGGAGGUGACGGGCCGUGUGGGCGCCGCCUUAGCACCGGAGGAGGAAGCUGCGCGCGCUCGGUUUCACGAACUCGCCUCGCAGCUCUCCGCGCCGCCGCUAUAUAACGGUCGUUUGAAUGAGCUUUUAUGCGCUGUUCGGCUUCAACGAAGCGCUAGCGGAGGUGCUGCGUACGAACGUUAUUCCCUGGACCCUGGUGCCCAAGAAGACGUGAAGCAAUUCCUCACAUUACAACAGCGAGGUAUGGCGCAUCUCCUGGAUACAGCUCAGAAAGAUCUCGACGCGCUCAACACUAUUGCUGAUGGCAUGUCCCGGCUCGUGCGUGCCUAAGACCCAUACAACUAUGUUUGUAUCUUAUUUGGAUAUAUAGAACAUGCUUUCUUUCUGAACCUCAUAUUAUGACGUUAGACACCUCGAUAUGGAGAGUGUGUUUCCGUCUAUGAAAAUAAAGGUCGACAUCAAAUUGUUAUAAAUAAUCUUACGCCGGUGCAUAUGGCAGAACUUUAUGUU